UGGGCAAGGCUGGCCCAGGUUGCUGUCAAGGGUGCUCAAUAUAACUCCUGUGAAUGUCAGCCCCACCCAAAAUGUUUGGAUGGGACUUGGGUUGAUCUCCUGAAAUACAUCCACAAAUUACUGGACAACCCAGAGAAGAAUCAACUCAUUUGGCUGCAUGGCAUGGCUGGUAUUGGAAAGUCUACCAUUGCAUUUACAGUGGCUGAAAAGAUGAGAGGUCUAAAAGUGACAGAAGAGAUGAACGUUGAAAAGCAGCUUGCAGGAACAUUCUUUUUCUCGCGUAAGCACACCAAAUGCUGCACAGCUGGAUAUUUCUUUGUGACACUUGUUUACCAACUUGCCACCAAUUUUCCAAGUAUCCAGCAGGAUGUGAGCAGAGCAGUCUGCAACAACCCCACUCUACUAGACCCAGAUACACCUCUCUGUGACCAGAUGGAGGCUCUCUUUCUCCAACCCCUUUGA